AUGCGCCCGCCCGGUGCCCACCUUCCGCCUCAUUCUGAUCGAGUACACACUCCCACUCAUGCAGCCUCGCCCCUGAUGCACGCACCUCCCCUCCCCACCCCCACCCCAUCACGGCAGGAGCGGGUGAUUCCCAUCGAGUACACACUAGCAGUGCGCCCGCCCUCCGCCUCCCACUCUGCUCCUCAUGACGAUUGGGUCUCUGCUGUCUCUGCCGCCCAACCCAGUGUGAUUGUGACCGGCUCCUAUGACUCGCACGUGCGCCUCUUCUCCGUGCCUCCUACCUCCGCUGCUGCGGCCACCCCAGCUGAUGCCACUGCUCAUGCUGCCCAUGCAGCGGAUGCUGCUGAUGGGGGUAGCAGCAGUGCGAGGUGCAUUCAGGUGGCAGCGGCACACUCUGAUGUCGUCACUCACAUCGCCGCCCUGCCAGGUAGCGCCUUUGUAUCGGCUUCCAAGGACCGCACGCUGCGCCUCUGGCAGCUGGCGGCAGACAACACCGAGGCGUCCACCGCCCCUCCCUCGCUGCGCGCAUCGGUGGUGGCAGUGAUGCGAGGCCAUUCUGCUGCCGUGCAGUGCGCUGGCAUGAACGCACGCGCCAAUAAGCUGGCAUCAGGCGGCUGGGACAGCUCCAUCAAGGUCUGGACUCUGCCUCCUCCUCCCUCCCCUACCGUAUCUCACUGUCUCUCCUCUAACCUCUCUUUCCAUCCUCCCAGCUGGCAUCAGGCGGCUGGGACAGCUCCAUCAAGGUCUGGACUCUGCCUCCUCCUCCCUCCCCUACCGUAUCUCACUGUCUCUCCUCUAACCUCUCUUUCCAUCCUCCCAGCUGCCAUCAGGCGGCUGGGACAGCUCCAUCAAGGCGGCUGGGACAGCUCCAUCAAGCUGUGGACUCUGCCGAAGCUGGGAAGCAUUGCAGGGGGGCGGGGAAGGGGGGAGGAUGGGAGUGCGGGUGGUGAUGGGAGUGGGGGAAUGGGAGAAGAGGCGGGAGGAGAGGGGGAAGAGGAGGGGGGAGAAGCGGGAGGGGCGGAGGGAGUGGGGCAAGCACGGAAGCGAGUGCGGACGGCUGCAGGGGCAGUUGAGGCAGAGGGCGUGGAGCUCACCCCAGACCUCUCCCUAGACGCGCACACGCAGUGCGUGGCGGGCGUCGCAUGGCCGGCGCAGGGCUCCUCACUCUUCUCAGUCUCGUGGGACCACUCGCUGCGUGCAUGGGACGUGGACGCUGCUUCUGCUGUGUCUGUGCGGACCAGUGCCCAUCCGCUGCUGGCAGUGGCGGCAGGGGGUGGUGGGAUGGCAUCGCUGGUGGCAGUGGGGGGCGCGCACCCCACCAUGCUGCUGUGGGACAUGCGCGCUGCCACGUCCGUGCUCUCCCCGUCGAUCCAGCUGCUGGGCCACACGGAUUGGAUCUCCUCCCUCGCAUGGUCCCCAUCUAACCCACUGCAUCUCCUCUCCUCCUCCUACGACGGCUCACUCAAGAUUUGGGACCUCCGCUCCACUGUGCCCCUUCACACGGUCAAAGCCCACUCGGAUAAGGUACUGUGUGCGGACUGGUGGCAAGGCGGCAAUGCGGUGGUCAGUGGCGGGGCCGACAACCACCUGCGCAUCUUCACCCACCACUCAUAA